CAAAACUAAACUCAGUACUAUCUUCAUCCUUGAGACGAUUUCUAAAUACUUUUCAACGUUCCAUAAUAACCAUAAAUCCAUAACUGAUUCCUUCUCUUUUGUUUUCUUUUCUUUCUUUUAAUUUUGGAUCUAAUUUUUCAACUUUCUUUCUCUUUUCUUCUUCUGCCGACACCUUCUAUCCAUUUCACGCUCCUUGCCUUUGCCGCACAACAAAUCUCAAAAUAUAAAUAAUAAAAAUAGUAAUAAAGUAAUAUUAUUAAUAAUAGUAAUAAUAAUAAUAAUAAUAAUCCCUAAAAAAAAUUAUUCAUUAUUUCAGUUCUAAUUUUUUGAGCUUUUGCUCUGUCUCUCUGUGUUUGUGUGUGUGUGUUCUUGCUCCCUCUUCAAUUUCGAUUUUUCGAUUUCAACUUGAUGAUUUCUGUAUCGUAAAACUAAGAUCUUAGCUCAACAAUAAUGUCCGGUUCGCUCGAUCGGUUCGCACGCCCUUGCUUUGAAGGUUUUUCUGGUCAUGAUGAAAGGAGAGAGCGGAAAUCAGAUUUCGAGAACUCAGAAGACGAUCGGCGGACGCGAAUUGGCAGCCUGAAGAAGAAGGCCAUCAAUGCGUCCAGCAAAUUCAGACAUUCUCUUAGGAAGAAGAGCAGCCGGAGGAAGAGCACUGGCCGGACCAAUUCGGUCUCCAUUGAGGAUGUUCGAGAUGUUAAGGAGCUCCAGGCAGUGGAGUCAUUUCGGCAGGCUCUUAUGUCGGAUAACUUGUUGCCAACGAGACAUGAUGACUACCAUAUGUUGUUGAGAUUCUUGAAAGCUAGGAAAUUUGAUAUCGAAAAAGCAAAGCACAUGUGGGCUAACAUGCUCCAAUGGAGGAAGGACUACGGCACUGAUACAAUCAUAGAGGAUUUUGAGUUCUCUGAGUUGAAUGAAGUCCUACAGUACUAUCCACAUGGUUAUCACGGAGUGGACAAGGAAGGAAAACCCGUCUAUAUUGAAAGGCUAGGUAAAGUUGAUCCCAAUAAGCUUAUGCAAGUAACUACAAUGGAAAGGUAUUUGAGAUACCAUGUUCAGGGUUUUGAGAAAACGUUUGCUCUUAAGUUUCCUGCAUGUUCUAUUGCCGCAAAGAGACAUAUUGAUUCGAGCACAACCAUUUUGGAUGUUCACGGCGUGGGUUUCAAAAACCUAACCAAAUCUGCGCGGGAACUCAUCAUGCGGCUGCAGAAGAUUGAUGGUGACUACUAUCCGGAAACAUUAUGCAGAAUGUUUAUAAUCAAUGCUGGCCCUGGUUUUAAGCUACUCUGGAACACUAUCAAAUCAUUUAUUGAUCCAAAAACAACUUCAAAGAUAAAUGUUCUGGGAAACAAGUUUCAGAAUAAAUUACUUGAAUUUAUUGAUGCAAGUGAGCUGCCAGAAUUUCUUGGCGGUAUUUGUAAUUGUGCAGAUGAAGGUGGUUGCAUGAGAUCUGAUAAAGGGCCAUGGCAAGACCCAAACAUUCUAAAGGUGAUUCUUAGUGGUGAAGUAACCUCUAGACAGAUAGUAACAGUUUCAAAUGACGAGGGAACAGUGAUUGAAUGUGAAAAGACGUGUUAUCCAUUGAUACGGAGUAGUGAUACAUCUACAGGAGAAUCAGGAUCUGAAGUUGAAGACAUUACUUCUCCCAAAGCAAGUGGGAAUUAUACAAACCCUAGGUUGACUCCUGUCCAUGAAGAAGCAAGAUUGGUUGGCAAAAAUAGCCAUGCUAGUGGUUUAUCUGAGUAUGAUGAGUAUGUUCCAAUGGUUGACAAGACCGUUGAUGUUGCAUGGAAGGAGAAGCAAGCCAAAACUCAAAAUACAUUUGGCUCCAAAGAAAAGCUUACAUUGAUUACCACAAAAUCUCCGGACGGAAGAUUUUCAUAUAUAUGGGCUAUUAUAGUGGGCUUCUUUGUCUCCAUCUUCGCGUUCGUUCAUUCAAUAGCACGUCAUAUAAAGGUAAUAAAGGAUUCUAAAUCCAUUGCUGCCCAAAAUAUGUCAAACAUAGCAGCGGAUUCACUACCCAAGGAGGAAUCAUGUUCCCUUUCACCCGUACUUGGAUUCAGAAAGAACGAACUCGUCUCAGCUGCUUUGAGACGCCUUGGUGAGCUUGAAGAGAAGGUUGGCAUGCUACAGUCAAAACCUAAUGUGAUGCCAUGCGAGAAAGAGGAACUAUUGAAUGCCGCGGUCUAUCGUGUGGACGCAUUGGAAGCUGAACUGAUUGCUACGAAAAAGGCGUUGUACGAAGCUUUGAUAAGACAAGAAGAACUUCUAGCUUACAUAGACAGACAAGAGAGAAGGAAAUUUGAGAAAAAGAAGUUUUGCUGGUGAAAGAGAUAACUGUACAGGACGGAGCAGUUUGGUGGGUUGAUCCCUAAUAGGCUCAUACCUAUUUAUCUCAUCUUUUUUUUUUCUGUAAUUUAUUUUGCGUGUAUAGAUAAAGUCGCUUCAUUGGUU